GACAAUUCAAUACUCAAUCAAAGAAUACUAUCGAGUGAUUAUAUCUUCUUAAUUCAUAUUUCGUUCUUGGUCCGCCAUCUGAUCGGGUUAAUCCCAUCAUUGAUGCUCUCAUUGAGAGUAACUGAGAGAUAAGGCUGUGAGAUUAUGGCCGGACGAAGGACGAGACGUAACCCUGCUACUUCUGCCCAGUCGACGGUGAGGAGUGACAACCCUGAACAGGGUAUGAUUGUUCCUGUCAAUGGGUUGGAAACGGCGCUAAAUAAUGUGGCUAACAUGAUGGCCAACAUUAUGGAGCGAUUGGAUAAGGCUCUUCCAGGUCCAUCCGGAACCCGGGAUAUCCCUGCCGGGCAACCCCGCCAGGUUUUGCGUACUGCGAGUUCUCCUAUCCUACAAGAGCUCCAUGAUCCGGAGGAGGUUGAAAGGGAAAGGCGAGCCAUUGAUAGACGCCGGGCGGAGGAAUUGGCCCGAAAUAACAGGGUGAACGAAGGCCAGGCUAAGGAUCCAAGCCGGAUCUUCGGCGAUGGACACGAAAACCCGCGGGGAUCUGUAUUUGAAAGGAUAUCUCGCCAGAAAGCUCACGUUAGUGAGAGGCUGGGGAAGAAUCCGGAAAAGGCACCCCAGGGUUGGAUACGACCCCAGGCCAGCCAGGUGGCAUCUUCCAAUCGCGAACCCCGGAAGCGAAACGACCGAGGCGCGAGCCAAGUGCCGGUCCGGUCAUUACGGAACCUGGAGGAGGACGAAGUUCAAAGCCAAGCCAGGGUCCCAGCACCACGACGUCUGGGACCGCCGGUGCCAGAAGCUGGUGAAUUUCAAGACCUGAGACAGCAGAUCCAGGAGAUGCAGAGGAAGAUAAACAAGGGUCGAGUAUUCACCACCCGUACGAAUACCCCCUUGGCUCCGGAGAUCUUUGCGGAACCAUAUCCGCAGGGAUUCAAAAUGCCAUUUGUCAAGCGUUAUGACGGCGAGUCAGACCCCCAAGAGCACAUAAAUAGCUAUGUCCAAGUGAUGAUCGCCGUGGAUGCCAGUGACGCACUCAUGUGUCGGUGCUUCUUGCAGACCGUUGAUAGCAAGGUUGCAGACUGGGUCAACCAUAUCCCUGCCGGAUCAAUCCGAACAUGGGAUGAAUUGGCACUACGGUUCCUAGAGCAUUUUGCCGGGAACUGCCGUCCCAAGAAGCAUUUCACUCACUUGGCAUCAGUGCGACAGAAGCAUGGUGAAUCCUUGAAGAAUUUCCUUAUCCGAUGGAGGAAAGAAUCCAGGGAGGUUGAAGGAACUGAUGAUAAAUCCAUGCUGGCUAUGUUCACGGCGGCAUUACAGGAUGGACUCCUUCACACCGAUCUCACUACUCAUCCCCCGGAUACCUUCGAAGAAGCGAUGGUCCGGGCAGGGAGGUACGUGACCCUGGAAGAAAGAAAGGAGGAGAAGAAGGAGAAGACUCCUAAAGAAGAAGAGAAGACGGGGAAUAAGAAGCCAUUCAAGAAUAAGAAGCAAGGCUUCCCGGACGGCCCAAAGGGUGCAAGUCCUGGGACCUCGGAGAAGCAUAAAUCUGCUAACCCGGUCUUCACAUUGCCAGUGACUGAGGUCAUGGCCCAUGCAGCACAGCAGGGACUUAUGACUUACCCGACCUAUUCUCAGAAGGUCUGCAAUGUGGAAGACACUGGAAAAUGGUGUGCCUACCACCGUAAGAAUGACCAUAACACGGAAGAUUGCUACACUCUGAAGAAUGAGAUGGCAAGGCUGAUCCGCCGGGGUCAUCUGAAGAAAUUUGUACAAGAUGGUGACACCGGGAAUCCCGGAAAUGCUCAGAAUGGGAAACGCAGAGAUAAGUGGCCCAAGCUGAGGCCCGGGAGAAACGCCACAUUGGGCUUGAAGACGAAGAGGAGGAUUCGGAACCCGCACCGCAUCGCCAGAAGAGACACCAUGGGUGUAAUUUCAUCAUUGGAGGGAAUACUGGUGGAGACUCGGCCACUAGCCGGAAGAAGUGGGCUAACGCGGCAGUGGUCAACAAGGGGAUCUCAGAAAGUAUCCCGGGCAUGGUAUUUGAAGGCAACCAAACAGCCAGUCAAGUACGAUACCCAAGUAGGAGAAGUAACUGCGCAGCUCCUGAGGGCAGAGGAAAAACGUCCUAGAGUAGAAGUUGCCGGCGACAUUGAAGAGGUGGAACUGGAGCCAGGCACGCCGGGAAGGUUUGUCAGGAUUGGUAGGGGGCUGGGGGCUGAACUCAGGUCACGAGUGAUUUCAGUUCUCAGGAGGUUCAGAAGGGUCUUUGCAUGGAGUCCAGCUGAUAUGCCAGGGCUGGAUCACAAGAUUGCAGUUCAUCGCCUAAAUGUUCUGCCGGAUGCCAAACCGGUGAAGCAGAAACGAAGACAUUUGUCGCAGGAAAGAAGAGAUUUCGUGAAGAAGGAGACCCUGAGAGACGCGGAGUUAAGGUAUUCCCGUCUGGAGAAAGCUAUGUUGGCGGUCUUCUGGACAGCGAAGAGAUUAACCCCGUACUUUCAGGCUCACCGGAUUAUUGUGCUCACCAAUGAGCCUUUGGCAUCACUUACUCGAAGCCCGGCGGCUUCUGCCCGGAUGACCAAAUGGGCGGUCUUUAUUAGUCAAUACAACGUGGAAUUCAGGCCGCACCCAUCCAUCAAGGGGCAAGCACUCGCCGACUUUCAAGUCGAGUGCACCGCUAGGGAAGUGACAAGAGCCCAGGCUGAAACCCGGGUGGAAAAAGACUGGUGGAUAAUGAGCAUCGAUGGAUCUUCUGGGUCUCGAUCUUGCAGAGCAGGUAUCGUCUUGAUCACCCCAGAAAAAUUCCGGAUUUAUUACGCUAUCAGAUUUCAGUUCCGUGUGUCCAACAAUGAAGCUGAGUAUGAGGCCCUGAUCAAUGGUUUGAAAAUUCUGCAUAAGAUGGGAGUAUCUAGGGUUCAGGUUUACACCGACUCCCGAUUAGUAGUGGGACAAAUCACGGGGGAAUUUGAAGCAAAGGAAGAGAGGAUGAAAAGGUACCGGGACAUGACUUUGGCAGUGUUGGGAAAGUUUGAGUUUAAGCUUGAACAUAUUCCCCGAGCCCAGAAUGCGGAGGCUGAUGUUCUCUCCAAGCUCAGCGUAGAGUCACCGGAAUACAUAAGCAAGAUAGCAACCAUUGAAGAGCUGGUAACCCCUAGUCUUAACAGCAGUGAAGUGAUCUGGGUAUCAGCUGAUCCCCCGGAAUGGCUGGACCGGUUGGCCAUAUAUAUUGAGGACGGUGAAUCCCCGGAGGAUCCCCAGGAAGCACGUCUAUUACGAAUGAGGGCACCAACCUACAAGAUACAGGACGGAGUCCUCUACAAGCGGUCCUACAACGGAGUUCUACUCCGCUGCCUUAGAGCAACAGAGGCGAAGGCGUUGAUGGAGGAAAUACACGAAGAAGUAUGUGCUGCACAUCAAGGUCCUUAUUCCAUUUCCAGAAGGGCUAUCAUCCAGGGAUAUUUCUGGCCAACAAUGAGGAAGGAUUGCGAAGAAUAUGUACGCAAGUGCUCGACCUGCCAGCAAUUCCAGAAUAUACCCGGAAGGCCAGCCACGAAUUACACACCCAUCAGCUCCGUGACUCCCUUUUCAAGAUGGGGGAUCGAUCUUGUAGGAGCCCUGCCAAAAGGGGUAGGGCAGGCAAGGUGGAUUGUGGUGGCGAUAGACUAUUUCACAAAGUGGGUGGAAGCUGAGCCACUUGCAGGGAUCACCGGAAGGCAGAUGAUCGACUUUGUCGGAACCAAUAUACUCUGCAGGUUUGGGGUCCCGAAGCAGAUCAUAUCAGAUAAUGGAACCCAGUUUGAGGAAGCAGAAUUUCAAGACUUUCUCAAAACUUGGGGAAUUCAGCACACGAAGGUGUCUGUUGCGUAUCCUCAAGCUAAUGGACAACAGGAGAACGUCAACAGAACAAUCAUAGACGGAAUAAAGAAGAAGCUACUUUCAGAAGGAAGCAAAUGGGUAGAUGAACUACCCAGAAUCCUGUGGACAUACAAGACGACUCUAAGGAGAGCCACGGGCGACACUCCUUUUGGUUUGGCUUAUGGUUUUGAAGCCCGGGCUCCCGCUGAAGUAGUGAUCCCCACCAUGAGAGAAAUGGAAUUUGACCCGGAGGAGAACGAACAGAACCAGGUCGUAGAGCUGAAUUUCGUAGAAGAACGAAGGGAUGAAGCACGAAUCCGGGCAGAGAAUUAUCGUCGCCAGGUGAAAUCUUACUUUGAUAGCAAGGUGAAACCAAGGGCAUUCCAGGUGGGGGAUUAUGUUAUGAGGAAACGAGAGAAAAGUCAACCAACUAAAGGUGGGAAGCUGGCUAAGAAAUAUGAAGGACCUUAUAUCAUCAAGGCCGUUGUUCGCCCAGGUACCUACAAGUUGGUGACUCCCAAGGGGAAAGAAAUUGAUAGGACAUGGAAUGUAGAGCACUUGGUCAAAUUUUCACAGUGAAUCAUUUUGUAAAAAUGCUCUCUUUUAAUUUAAAAAAGCUUGUCUCAAUCAAAUUCUUCUAUAGCCAAGUGCCUUUGCAAUUUCAUUGUUCUAUAGAUUUCUUAAAAAAAAAGGGGGGGGGGGGGGGAAGCACCCCCGGGCGAUAUAGACCCGCGUUACAGGGAGGUAGAAAAGUUUAUGCCACCUGCUAAAAAUAGGGGAGGUAGAUAAGUUUAUGCCCCCCCGGAGGUAGAGAAGUUUAUGCCUCCGUAAAAAAUGAAGGAAGGGUUGGGAU